CAUCUUACACAAGCUCUUUUAGUUCAUAUCUCUAUCAAACUCUUUCUCUUUCUCUCUCUUCUUCUUCUUUCUCUUUCUAAUAUUCAUCAAAAGUAAUAAUGGCUCCAAUGUCUCUACCACCUGGUUUCAGGUUCCACCCUACAGAUGAAGAACUUGUUGCUUACUAUUUAGAGAGAAAAAUAACAGGUAGAAUCAUUGAGCUUGACAUCAUUGCAGAAGUUGAUCUCUACAAAUGUGAACCUUGGGAUUUGCCAGAAAAGUCAUUUCUUCCAAGCAAGGAUAUGGAGUGGUAUUUUUACAGUCCAAGAGACAGAAAGUAUCCAAAUGGGUCAAGAACAAAUAGAGCAACAAGAGGUGGUUAUUGGAAAGCAACAGGAAAAGAUAGAGCAGUGAAUUCUCAAAAGAGACAAGUUGGAAUGAAGAAGACACUUGUUUAUUACAAAGGUAGAGCACCUCAUGGAAUUAGAACCAACUGGGUUAUGCAUGAAUAUCGUCUUAAUGAAUCACACCCCGGUGCUUCUCUCUCUUCUUUGAAGGAUUCAUAUUCGUUGUGUCGAAUUUUCAAGAAGACAAUUCAAAUUUCGACAAAACCUAAUGAAGAAGAACAAGCUGAAGAUACAAAGAAGGAAAUAAUGAUGCAAGGGGAAGACUCAAGUGGAAAUGAGAUAAUGGAAACUAUGGAUGAAAAAGUUAUUAAUAAUAAUAAUAAUAAUGAAUAUCCAAAAUUUCCAUGUGACGCUUCAUCUUCUGAUGUCACUCAAGGAACAUGCACACCAACAGAAACAUGCAAUAACAACAAUAUAACAGAUGAUUUUCAUGCACAAUUUGCUUGUGAUGAAGCAAAUAGCUCAACUAUUUCUUAUCCUAUUGGAAACUUAUUUCAGGAUAUAGAAAUACCUAUGUAUGGUGGCUUCCAUAAUCAAUUUCCCCAAACACCUUUUAUGAUGGAAGAUUUUCCACAAAUGGAGACAAAAUCAAUAUUGAAGCCAGAUAUGAGUGAAAACUGCUUUCUAUAUGACAAAUACAUAGACUGUAUGAAUGGAACACUAGAAGAAAUCAUUUCCUUGUGUUCCUCUCAAGAUCAUUCUGUGGCUUUUCCAAUGCUAUAGAAUGAAUAUCAUACUAACACAAAUGCAUGACUCAAACUAUAUAGUAUAUCAUAUCACUUAAUAUUCAUUGACAAAGAGAAACUUGUGUUGGCUAAAAUAAUUAACCACACAAAUGGGAAUUUUUUUGUUUUUGUUCUUUUGCAGCCGCAUAGUAGAGGCUACACAUAUGGUGUAAUGGAUAGAUAGUAGGAUAUGCUAGCCAAGGAGGCUAGUUGGGAUAUUUUUAUUUGUUUGUGUUUUUUUCUUUUUUUUUUUUAUAGAUUUUUUUAAGUAUAUUUAGUAGAAUAUUACAUAAUCUUGUAUGUUGGUGUUCGACUGUUUUGUAUGCUAUGGAAGCAAAUGGA